CGGGCUUCGAAUCCCGGGCCGUCACACUAAUACAUCUCCCCUGCUGCGCAGAGUCUGUAUGCUGGGUAAUCGCCCGCUGAUCUCCAAAGGGUUCGACGUGUGCGCCAAAACACUGGAGAGUGGCAACGGCACGGUCACCACCAAGCUGUGGAAUGUCUUCUGCGACUCGCCCUUCCUCAACGCCACCUGCGACGAGUACUUUGUCAACAACAACGUGUCCUUCAUCCAGGGCAUCCCCGGGGUCAUGAGCGGCAUCCUCAAAGGUGAACAGAAACCAGCUACUGGUCCUCUGUGGCCCAGUUGGUAUAGCAACACCAGGAUCGUGGGUUUGAUUUCCGCUAUGGUCACCCGUAUGUAAAAUGUUUGCAAGCAUGACCGAAGGUCGCUUUGAAUAAAAUGAUUUGCUAAAAUGCUAGUGUUAUGUUACUAUAUUAUUAUAAUAGCUAUUAUUUUGUGGCUAUCUACUUUUUAUUUCUAAACAGUUACACCUACAGCACAAAUAACAUGGAUUGAUCUGGUCCACCUACACUCAGGUCACUGUACCAACAGUACACAUGCUUGCACACACACUUGCGGGAAACACCUGCGUGGACUUGCGGGAAGCAUACUACAAUUUCUUUAUUCUGAAUUUCUUUUAGCCCUCUUGGAUCUCCAAGAUCUUGUGCUCCUGGAACUUAUGGUCAAGCGAUUUUAAAUGAUAUUGAUCUUCUCCUCUCUCUCAUCCCCUCUCUCCUUCCCUCUCACUCCCCUCUCUCCCAUUCCCCCCCCCCCCCCCCCCCCUCCCCUCACACACAGAGAACCUAUUUGGGAAUUACCUGGAGAAGGGAGAUCUGGUGGCUAAGAAGGGGAUUGCGACCGUUGAGGGCCCUGAUGACACGCUGACCAACUCCAACCGCUACGUCCUGGCCGACAUCACCAGCUUCUUCACCCUGCUGGUCGGAAUCUACUUCCCCUCCGUCACAGGUCAGCUGAUAGGAAGCGGAUGAUGCAAAGAGGAAGAGACACAAGGCUGAAUCUCAAAAGUAAUUUCCCUCGAUUCCUCGUAUCCUCAAAGGGUGAAUUCACCAAGGGUCAAUCUCGAGGAGGAGAGAGGACGCAAGGAAUCGAGGGAAAAUACUUUUGAGAUUCAGCGUUGUGUCUCUUCCUCUUUGCCUUUGUAUUGUUUUGUGUGUUUGUUUUUUAUCUAGGGGGGAUAUGGGAGAUUUACAUAAAUUCAUUGAAAGACUGAAAGAUACAGUAAAAGGUUUAUCUGAUGUCAGGAUUUCUUCAACACAACAAGCAGUUUGUUAUUAGAAGGAUAAUGUUGCUGUGUUUCAGUUGUUGUUUGUAAUUCAGUUGUAGUUGUAAUUUGACAAAGGAGAGUUUGUUUGAAAUCUACAUUUACAUGCUAUUGUGUGAGUUUCUAAGGUUACCAUUUGAUUAUCUGAGUGUCCUCAUUCAUGGACCUCUCUGACUGUGUGUCUUGAAGGUCUCUGACUGAAACGGACCUCUCUGACUGUGUGUCUUGAAGGUCUCUGACUGAAACGUCGACACAGCAAAUGUGCAGAUGUAAUAUUGUGUGUGCAGGAGUUUUUCCAAAGUGACCUCUCUACUUGUGUGUCACAGGGAUCAUGGCCGGAUCCAACCGGUCAGGAGAUCUGCGCGAUGCUCAGAAGUCCAUCCCCAUCGGCACUAUCAUGGCCAUCACCACUACCUCAAUAGUGUGUAUCCUUAUUCUGGUGCACUUCUGGACUCAGUGGGCUAGUGCACUCAACUUUUAACUGUGGCGCACAUGUUAUCUGUCAAUCAGAGGAGGCUGGUGGGAGGAGCUAUAGAAGGACGGGCUCAUUGUAAUGGCUGGAAUGGAAUCAAUGGUAUGGUACCAAACACAUCAAACACAUGGAAACAAUGUGCUUGACUCUGUUCCAUUUAUUCCAUUCCAGCCAUUACGAUGAGCCCGUCCUCCUAUAGCUCCUCCCACCAGCCUCCACUGCUGUCAAUAGUAAAAUAACUAUAUUUUAUACGAACACUUUUGUAUUUUACUUUCCAACAUAAAUACAUACAAUUGAGGUUUAAUUGAAUGUAGCCUAUGGCCUCAAGCUUGUUAUGUUAAGAACGAAAAGCAUGUUGCUCUUCCUCUUAAUCUCAAGUGACCAUUACAGGACAAAGCAAUCAAUCAUGUAUCACAAUACAUCAGACAUAACCCAACAAUAACCGCACUGUCGAACCAUGUUCUUAUGUAACUCUCAAUGCAGCACUGUAAACUCAGUGUGCAGAUAUGAAACAGAUACGUGAGGAUAUGUCCCUAUGUGCUAGGUAUGGUUUUGUGUCUGUCUGUCUGUUUUCCUUAAUGUGCCCUUUUAUAGACAUGUCCGCUGUGAUCCUGUUCGGUGCCUGUAUCGAGGGAGUGGUCCUUAGGGACAAGUAAGUUAUGGAUAUUAAGUUCAAAGUUCAAGCUUUUCCAGUGCUGAGGUACUUGGUGAGGGAGGCCAUACCUGGGUCGUAUUCAACUGAAAACGUUUUUAAACAUUUCGCAACGGAAAACAAAAAUUAGCACAUUUACUUGCAGUAGUAGACCAGGUAGUCCCUCCCUGUUUCAGUCAGUUUUCUUCCAUUUGGUGUCUAAUGAAUAGGAUCCUGGUAAUUGGCUCUCCUCCUACCUUUCUUCAUUUCUGAUUGGCUGGGUGUCAUGUCCAUCUCCUUCAGGUUUGGGGAGGGCGUCAAUGGCAACCUGGUCAUUGGCACCUUGGCUUGGCCGUCCCCGUGGGUUAUUGUCAUUGGCUCCUUCUUCUCCACCUGUGGGGCGGGGCUUCAGAGCUUAACGGGUGCCCCGCGUCUCAUGCAGGCCAUCUCCAGGGAUGGUGUCGUGCCCAUCCUACGGGUCAGUCUGUCAUUCUGUAAAAAUUCUAGAAUUUAGCACUGAUCUGGGACCAUUAGUUAUGAUCAUUCUCACAACAUUCUAGAAUUUAGCACUGAUCUGAGACCAUUAGUUAUGAUAAUUCUGUCAACAUUCUAGAAUUUAGCACUGAUCUGGGACCUUUAGUUAUGAUAAUUCUGUCAACAUUCUAGCAUUUAGCACUGAUCUGGGACCAUUAAUUAUGUUGGUUUGUCAACACGUCUCAUAUCAGUCUCAGGUGACAUUGAUCACUAUCACUUUUGGUGUCUGUGCACACUAAUGUUAAUGAUCAGGUCUCAGGCAAGCAUCAGGUCUCAUGUGUGGUUCACCAAAACACCUCAGUAGUAUCUACAUACAACCUGCCUUGAAAUAAUGGAAUAACUACUGUAAGUUAUAACUCUAGUCCAUCUCGGUGUGUGAUGUGUCCUGCCAGGUGUUUGGCCAUGGGAAGGCCAACGGGGAGCCCACCUGGGCCUUGCUACUGACGGCCAGUAUCUGUGAGAUCGGGAUCCUCAUUGCCUCCCUGGACGCAGUGGCCCCCAUCCUCUCCAUGUGAGUGUCUAUGAGCCAGAUCAGGAGUUGUUCCCCACCUGGCCAGGAAAAACGUGUUUUUAGUCAAAUACUAUACAGUGGGGAAAAAAAGUAUUUAGUCAGCCACCAAUUGUGCAAGUUCUCCCACUUAAAAAGAUGAGAGAGGCCUGUAAUUUUCAUCAUAGGUACACGUCAACUAUGACAGACAAAAUGAGAAUUUUUUUUCCAGAAAAUCACAUUGUAGGAUUUUUUAUGAAUUUAUUUUCAAAUUAUGGUGGAAAAUAAGUAUUUGGUCAAUAACAAAAGUUUCUCAAUACUUUGUUAUAUACCCUUUGUUGGCAAUGACACAGGUCAAACGUUUUCUGUAAGUCUUCACAAGGUUUUCACACACUGUUGCUGGUAUUUUGGCCCAUUCCUCCAUGCAGAUCUCCUCUAGAGCAGUGAUGUUUUGGGGCUGUCGCUGGGCAACACGGACUUUCAACUCCCUCCAAAGAUUUUCUAUGGGGUUGAGAUCUGGAGACUGGCUAGGCCACUCCAGGACCUUGAAAUGCUUCUUACGAAGCCACUCCUUCGUUGCCCGGGCGGUGUGUUUGGGAUCAUUGUCAUGCUGAAAGACCCAGCCACGUUUCAUCUUCAAUGCCCUUGCUGAUGGAAGGAGGUUUUCACUCAAAAUCUCAUGAUACAUGGCCCCAUUCAUUCUUUCCUUUACACGGAUCAGUCGUCCUGGUCCCUUUGCAGAAAAACAGCCCCAAAGCAUGAUGUUUCCACCCCCAUGCUUCACAGUAGGUAUGGUGUUCUUUGGAUGCAACUCAGCAUUCUUUGUCCUCCAAACACAACGAGUUGAGUUUUUACCGAAAAGUUCUAUUUUGGUUUCAUCUGACCAUAUGACAUUCUCCCAAUCCUCUUCUGGAUCAUCCAAAUGCACUCUAGCAAACUUCAGACUGGCCUGGACAUGUACUGGCUUAAGCAGGGGGACACGUCUGGCACUGCAGGAUUUGAGUCCCUGGCGGCGUAGUGUGUUACUGAUGGUAGGCUUUGUUACUUUGGUCCCAGCUCUCUGCAGGUCAUUCACUAGGUCCCCCCGUGUGGUUCUGGGAUUUUUGCUCACCGUUCUUGUGAUCAUUUUGACCCCACUGGGUGAGAUCUUGCGUGGAGCCCCAGAUCGAGGGAGAUUAUCAGUGGUCUUGUAUGUCUUCCAUUUACUAAUAAUUGCUCCCACAGUUGAUUUCUUCAAACCAAGCUGCUUACCUAUUGCAGAUUCAGUCUUCCCAGCCUGGUGCAGGUCUACAAUUUUGUUUCUGGUGUCCUUUGACAGCUCUUUGGUCUUGGCCAUAGUGGAGUUUGGAGUGUGACUGUUUGAGGUUGUGGACAGGUGUCUUUUAUACUGAUAACAAGUUCAAACAGGUGCCAUUAAUACAGGUAACGAGUGGAGGACAGAGGAGCCUCUUAAAGAAGAAGUUACAGGUCUGUGAGAGCCAGAAAUCUUGCUUGUUUGUAGGUGACCAAAUACUUAUUUUCCACCAUAAUUUGCAAAUAAAUUCAUAAAAAAUUCUACAAUGUGAUUUUCUGGAUUUUCUUUCCUCAAUUUGUCUGUCAUAGUUGACGUGUACCUAUGAUGAAAAUUACAGGCCUCUCUCAUCUUUUUAAGUGGGAGAACUUGCACAAUUGGUGGCUGACUAAAUACUUUUUUUCCCCACUGUAACUACGUAGUUGGCCAGGUAAAACUCUGGGUCCUAGUUACAGCAUAUAACUAUUUGGACAGGUAAAACUCUUGAUCCUAGUAUUUACAGCCUAUAAUGAUUUGGCCAGGUAAAACUCUGAGCCCUAGUAGUUACAGCCUAUAACUAGGGCCCAGAGUUUCCUGAUCAGGUCACAUGACCAGGUAAAACUCUUGGCCAUAUUCAUGAGUGCUGGGAUGCACUCAUCCUGUACUAAUAUGGAUUGUCCUAAUAUGGACACCGUAAAUAUGACAUAAACUAUUUGAUUUUAUUCAAUAAAACUAUUUGCAAUAUUAAAGCUCCCUAAAAAUAGAGAUUAUAUAAAAAUAAAAAUAAAUACAAACUUCUGACAAUGGACAAAUACUUCUCAGCACUUGAUAAGGUGAAGUUAAGCACAUUCUUAACACAAUGCAAUGAUCUACUAGUAUUAACAUCUUAGAUUAUAAUUUUUUUGUGUUAUAAGCUUAUAAGCAUCUUAUAAGCAAGUAAUUGGAGCCUUACAGACAUACAACGUGUCCAAAUAAAGACAAAAUUGUGUUUAUUUGUUAGCCACUUUGCUGUCUCUCUUUCACUUUUUGCAAUGUCUGAAGGCGUUGUUUCUGUUGUAUAGGUUCUUUCUGAUGUGCUACAUGUUUGUGAACCUGGCCUGUGCCUUGCAAACCCUCCUGAGGACGCCUAACUGGAGGCCACGUUUCAAGUUCUAUCACUGGUGAGACCCACAACAACCCAUCAAAUGAACGCAUCCUGGGGGAGAUGAAAAAAAGGGCCUUGGAAUGUGUCUGGGGUGUUUUUUUUUGGUUCAUUUUACAUUUAAAAAGGGAUAUUGUGGGUUUUGGGAUGGGGGGGGUUUCUAAUGUAAAAUAAAUUAUCUUUUGGGGAAAGCCCCCAAAACGGACCGGAAAAAAAGGGGCAAGGGGAGGGGGAGAGGGAGAGGGGCGAAAGAGAGAGAGAGGGAGAAGGGGAGAGAGAAAGGAAAGGGAGGAAAAGGGAAAGGAGGGGGAGAAGGGGAGGGGGCAAGGAGAGAGGGGGAAAAGGGAAGGAGGGGGGAGAGGCGGAGAGAAGAGAGGGGCGAGAAGGGGAAGGGGGAAAAGAGAGAGAGAGGGAGAAAAAGAGAGAGAGGGGAGAGAGAGGGGGGAAGGAGGAAGGGGAGGGAGAGGGAGAGGGAGGGGGAGAGGGGAAAAAGGGGGGCGAGAGAGAAAAAGGGGAAAGAGAGGGGAAAAGGAGAUGGAGGAGGAGGAGGAGAAGAGAGAGGGGGAGAAAAAGGUGAGAGAGAAGAGGGGGGGAGGGAGAGCGGGCGGGAAAAUAGAGGGGGAAAAUUGGCGACCCCGGGGGGGCACGGCAAAGGGGGGGGAGAACGCGCGCGGCGGGGCGCGCGGGGGAAAAAGAGAGAGAGAGAGAGGAGCGAGAGAGAGGAAGCGGGGGGGGCGAAAGGGAAAGGAGAGAGGGGGGAGGGGGGGGCGGGAGGGGGGGAGAGGAAAAUAGAGGGGGGAGAGAGAGGAGAAAAAAGGGGAGGGGGGAGGAGAGAGGAGGGGGAAAAGAGAAGGGGGGGAAAGAGUUUUUUUUUUUAAUUUUUUUGGGUUUUUUGAACUCCUUCCCUUUCUUUUCUCCCUUUCCCCUUUUUUCCCAAAGGGAGGGGAGAGGGGGAGAGAAGGGGAGAAGAAGAGAGAGAGAGAGAGGGAGAGAAAGAGGGAGGAGGGGAGAGAAGAGAAGGGAGAAAAGGGGAAAAAAAAAAGAGGAAAAGAGGGGAGAGAGAAAAGGGGGAAAACGAGAGAAAAGGGGAAGAGAAAAGGAGGAAGAGGGAGAGAGAGGGGAGGGAGAAAAAGAGGGGGAGAAGAAGAGAGGAGGGGAGAGAGAGAGGGGGAGAGGGGAAAAGGGGGAAGAGGAGGUUUUAAAAAAUUUUUGGGGAGAAGGGGAAAGAGAGCGGGGGAAGAGAGAGAGAGAGGGAGGAGAGGGGAGGGAGGCGAGAAAAAAGAGGAGAGGGAGGAGAGAGAAGAGAGGGGAGAGGCGGGGAGACAAAGGAGGAGGAGGGGAGAGAGAGAGAGAGAAGGAGAGGGGGAGUAGAGAGGGAGAGAGAGAGAGGAGGGGAGCGAGAAAAGAGAGAAAAGGGAGAGGGGGAGAGGGGAGAAAAGAGAGGGGAAGAGCAGAGAGGGGGGGAGGAGAGAGGGGAGAGCCAAUAAAAAAAAAGGGCAAAAAAACCCCAAAAGGGGGGGGUUUUUAUAUCUUUUUAUAUAUUUUAUAAUCAUAUUAUUUUUUUUCUUUUUUCUUUUAUUUUUAUAUAUAUAUUAUUUUUUUUUUAUUUUAUUUUUACUCUUUAUUUUUUUUUUUUUGUUUUUUGGUUUUAAAUUUAAUUUUUUUUUUUUUUAAUUUUUAUUAUCUAUAUUUUUUUAUGUCUAUUUUUUUUAUCUCUCUCUCUCUCUCUCUGUUUUUUAAAUUUUUGUCUUUUUUUCCCCUUUUAUUUUUAUUUCUCUCUCUCUCUUUUUUCCUAUUCUCUCCCCUCUUCUCUUCUCUCUGUUUUUUCCCCCUCUCCUUCCCCUUCUCUUUUUAUUUAUUCCUAUCUUCUCUUCUCCUUAAAAUCUAUAAAAAUUUUUCUCAUGUUUUUUUUCGGGUCUUUUCUUUAGACCCCCCUUCCUGACAUCUUCUCUCUCUCUAUGACCCCCUUCUUCUUUUAAACUCUUUGUUCUUUUUCCUCUAAUCUCUUUUCUCAAAGGGUCCCCCUUUCUUUUUCCCUUUUCCGGGGUUUUUCUUAUCUUUCCUUCUCCCCCACCAAUUCUUAUGCCUCUCUUCUUCUUUUGGUCUUUUAAGGUCUACUCCCCCUUCUCCUUUUAUAUAAUGUUUUUAAACCCUCUUUUCUUACUCUUCUCUUUUUAAUGGGGGGGAAGGGGGAAAAAAAAGGGGAAUGAAAAAAGGACCCGAAACCCCAAAGGGAGGGAAAAAAGGGGGCCCCCGGGAAGUUACCCAAUAAGGUUAAAUUUUAAAAAAUUUUUUAUUUUUAAAAAUAUUAUUUUUUUUUUUUAUUUUAUAUUUUUUUUUUAUAUUGUAUUUUUAUUUUUAUUUAAAAUAUUUUGAUUAUAAAAUUAAUAUAUAUAUUAUUUUUAUUUUUUUUAUUAUUUAUUAAUAUUAUAUUAAUAUUUUUUUUUUUAUUUUUAUUUAUUAUAAUAUUUAAUUUCUAAUUUUUAAGGGUUAAUUUUUAGGGUUUUUUAUUUUAAUUUAUUAUUAUACUCUUUUUCUAUACUUUUAUAUUAUCUUCUCUACCCCUAUAAGGUUUUAAUGUUACUCCCUUUCUUCUCUUUUUAUAUUUUCCCUAUUCUAUUUUCCCCUCUUGUCUCUUCUCUCUCUCUCUGUCUACUUUUCUAUGUUUUUCAGGGGUAUUCCCCCUUCCCCCCUAUCCCCCCUUAAUACCCCCUUCCUAUUUUUAGGGGAAUAUUUUAUGCCCCCGGGUUCGAAAUUAGGAAGGGGCGUGUUGGGUCUGUAUGCGCUAAUAUACUCUAUCUAUGUCUCCGCGCUCGAUCGCUUUUUCUCUAGUCUCUUUUUUCUUGGCGUUCUUUUUAUCCUUUUUUUUCCUCUCUCUUCUCUUUUAUCCCCUCUUCUCUGUCUUAAUGUCUAUUUCCUUCUCUCGGUCUCUAAUGUUUAACUCCCCUUGUCCUCUGCGGGAAAAACGGCCCUUCCUGGGCAUGAUUUCUGGGUCUUUUUCCUCUUUGGUUCUUUCUUUUCCCGGGUUUACCCCCAUCGUCGCCAUGGGGGAUGCCGGCAGUAUCUACAAGUAUAUCGAGUUCCGCGGGUGAGUGUAGCGCGACCCCCAGGAUAGAUUGAAUUCGCUGGCUGUGUCUGUGCGUGCGUGUUUGUGUGCAUAUGUGUGUGUGCGUGUGUGUGUGUGUGUGUGUGUGUGCGUGUGUGUGUGUGUGUGUGUGUGUAUUUGGGGGGAUUACAAAUUCUAUCAUUCAGUCAGGCCCGUUAAAGGGGAAAUGUAUGGUUUGAACGGUUUAGUGUUAUGGCUUGUGUGUGAGACAAUGUCUUGGGUUCUAAUGACUUGGCUUGAUGGUAAAGCUGCUUGAAAACAGAGUUUGGCUAAUACAGACUUAGAAUUCUGUCUGUGGGAAAAUAUGCAUUAAAGUGUUUCAAGGGACUUUUGUUCAUUGAACGUCGACUGCGAGUCAACGAUACCUCCCAGGCUGAUGUUUAAGCGAUUUUAAAUAGCCUACCUGUCAGUGAAAAUAAGCUUGACAUUUAGAUGUGUUAGAAGCCUGUGCAUUUGACUGAAUAACAAUGUUAUAAUGUUGGCAUUUUAAUUUGUCAUAGACAUGUAAUAAAACAGUUAUAGUUAAUGGUGUAGUAAUAACUAUGUAAAACCAUUGGUUGUGACAUGAUUGAAUGAUAUAACCCAUGUGUUUGAUUGUGUGGCAGGGCGGAGAAAGAGUGGGGUGAUGGGAUACGAGGCAUUUCUCUCAGCGCUGCCCGAUACGCUCUGAUGAGACUGGAGGAGGGGCCGCCGCACACCAAGAACUGGAGGUGAGACGCACACACACACACACACACACACACGCACACACACACGCACCCGCACACACACACACACACACACACACACACAUACACACACACACACACACACACACACACCACACACACACACACACACACACACACAUACACACACACACACACACACACAAACAAAUAAGCUACACAGGCACAUUUUUGUGUCAGCUAUAUAAUUAACAUGAAAAUGAACAACAUGUCUGUGCAUGUGGAGCGUUCCGUUUAAUUAAUUUCUAGUUUCGAUCUACUGUCAUGUAACAGACAAUAAUUGUUUUUCAGACGUACUUGUGAUAACCUCAGUGCACUCUUCCUUGCUUUCUCUAUCUCUCUGUCAUCUUGCUCUACCUUUCUCUCUUUUUCAUCUCUGUGCUACACACAAAAAAAAUAUAUUCAAAAUGUUUUACUGACAUGACAGAAGUACAGUUGAAGUCGGAAGUUUACAUACACUUAGGUUGGAGUCAUUAAAACUUGUUUUUCAACCACUCCACAAAUGUAUUGUUAACAAAUUAUCGUUUUGGCAAGUCGGUUAGGACAUCUACUUUGUGCAUGACACAAGUAAUUUUUCCAACAAUUGUUUACAAACAGAUUAUUUCACUUAUAAUUCACUGUAUCACAAUUCCAGUGGGUCAGAAGUUUACAUACACUAAGUUGACUGUGCUUUUAAACAGCUUGGAAAAUUCAAGAAAAUUAUGUCAUGGCUUUAGAAGCUUCUGAUAGGCUAAUUGACAUCAUUUGAGUCAAUUGGAGGUGUACCUGUGGAUGUAUUUCAAGGCCUACCUUCAAACUCAGUGCCUCUUUGCUUGACAUCAUGGGAAAAUCUAAAGAAAUCAGCCAAGACCUCAGAAGAAAAAUUGUAGACCUCCACAAGUCUGGUUCAUCCUUGGGAGCAAUUUCCAAACGCCUGAAGGUACCACGUUCAACUGUACAAACAAUAGUACGCAAGUAUAAACACCAUGGGACCACACAGCCGUCAUACCGCUCAGGAAGGAGACGCGUUCUGUCGCCUAGAGAUGAACGUACUUUGGUGCAAACAAUCCCAGAACAACAGCAAAGGACCUUGUGAAGAUGCUGGAGGAAACAGGUACAAAAGUAUCUAUAUCCACAGUAAAACGAGUCCUAUAUCGACAUAACCUGAAAGGCCGCUCAGCAAGGAAGAAGCCACUGCUCCAAAACCGCCAUAAAAAAGCCAGACUACGUUUGCAACUGCACAUGGGGCCAAAGAUCGUACUUUUUGGAGAAAUGUCCUCUGGUCUGACGAAACAAAAAUAGAACUGUUUGCCCAUAAUGACCAUCGUUAUGUUUGGAGGAAAAAGGGGGUUGCUUGCAAGCCGAAGAACACCAUCCCAACACAAGCACGGGGGUGGCAGCAUCAUGCUGUGGGGGUGCUUUGCUGCAGGAGGGACUGGUGCACUUCAGAAAUUAGAUGGCAUCUUGAAGCAACAUCUCAAGACAUCAGUCAGGAAGUUAAAGCUUGGUCGCAAAUGGGUCUUCCAAAUGGACAAUGACCCCAAGCAUACUUCCAAAGUUGUGGCAAAAUGGCUUAAGGACAACAAAGUCAAGGUAUUGGAGUGGCCAUCACAAAGCCCUGACCUCAAUCCUAUAGAAGAUGUGUGGCCAGAACUGAAAAAGCGUGUGCGAGCAAGGAGGCCUACAAACCUGACUCAGUUACACCAGCUCUGUCAGGAGGAAUGGGCCAAAAUCACCCAACUUAUUGUGGGAAGCUUGUGGAAGGCUACCCGAAACAUUUGACCCAAGUUAAACAAUUUAAAGGCAAUGCUACCAAAUACUAAUUGAGUGUUUGUAAACUUCUGACCCAGCUGUAUAUAUAUAUAUAUAUUUGUAUAUUGCCAAAGCAACACGUUGAAACCUUUUCUCCUAUUCCCUCCUUCCCUCCCUCCUACCUUUCCUUUCCUUCUCUCUCCCUCCAGGCCUCAGCUGCUGGUGUUGGUCAGUACAGACGUGGAGCAGAACGUGGAGCAGCCUCGUCUGCUCUCGCUGACUAACCAGCUGAAAGCAGGCAAAGGGCUGACCAUCGUGGGCACCGCCUUGGUGGGCACCUAUCUGGAGAACCACCCCCAGGCCCAGCGGGCAGAGCAGGUUAGAUACCAGGCAGAUCCCAUGGCAUCCCACUGCAUAUCACACAAACAGCACUACUCUCCGAUCUGGACUAAUUCAGACUUGAUCCUGUGGCGCUGUUCUAAGAUUCACACUAGCGUAGCACUUAGAAUGAAGCCGUACUUACAGUCAGUGUUACCACUGUCUAUUUCACCUUUAUCUCACCCUUCACCUCAUGGGCAAGUCGUUGACCCUUUAAACCCUUAUUGAUAACAUUGACAUACUGUUUUACCUACUUCAUAUGUACAGUGGGGGAAAAAAGUAUUUAGUCAGCCACCAAUUGUGCACGUUCUCCCACUUAAAAAGAUGAGAGAGGCCUGUAAUUUUCAUCAUAAGUACACGUCAACUAUGACAGACAAAAUGAGAAAAUAUUAUCCAGAAAAUCACAUUGUAGGAUUUUUAAUGAAUUUAUUUGCAAAUUAUGGUGGAAAAUAAGUAUUUGGUCAAUAACAAAAGUUUCUCAAUACUUUGUUAUAUACCCUUUGUUGGCAAUGACACAGGUCAAACGUUUUCUGUAAGUCUUCACAAGGUUUUCACACACUGUUGCUGGUAUUUUGGCCCAUUCCUCCAUGCAGAUCUCCUCUAGAGCAGUGAUGUUUUGGGGCUGUCGCUGGGCAACACGGACUUUCAACUCCCUCCAAAGAUUUUCUAUGGGGUUGAGAUCUGGAGACUGGCUAGGCCACUCCAGGACCUUGAAAUGCUUCUUACGAAGCCACUCCUUCGUUGCCCGGGCAGUGUGUUUGGGAUCAUUGUCAUGCUGAAAGACCCAGCCACGUUUCAUCUUCAAUGCCCUUGCUGAUGGAAGGAGGUUUUCACUCAAAAUCUCACAAUACAUGGCCCCAUUCAUUCUUUCCUUUACACGGAUCAGUCGUCCUGGUCCCUUUGCAGAAAAACAGCCCCAAAGCAUGAUGUUUCCACCCCCAUGCUUCACAGUAGGUAUGGUGUUCUUUGGAUGCAACUCAGCAUUCUUUGUCCUCCAAACACGACGAGUGAGUUUUUACCAAAAAGUUAUAUUUUGGUUUCAUCUGACCAUAUGACAUUCUCCCAAUCCUCUUCUGGAUCAUCCAAAUGCACUCUAGCAAACUUCAGACGGGCCUGGACAUGUACUGGCUUAAGCAGGGGGACACGCCUGGCACUGCAGGAUUUGAGUCCCUGGCGGCGUAGUGUGUUACUGAUGGUAGGCUUUGUUACUUUGGUCCCAGCUCUCUGCAGGUCAUUCACUAGGUCCCCCCGUGUGGUUCUGGGAUUUUUGCUCACCGUUCUUGUGAUCAUUUUGACCCCACGGGGUGAGAACUUGCGUGGAGCCCCAGAUCGAGGGAGAUUAUCAGUGGCCUUGUAUGUCUUCCAUUUCCUAAUAAUUGCUCCCACAGUUGAUUUCUUCAAACCAAGCUGCUUACCUAUUGCAGAUUCAGUCUUCCCAGCCUGGUGCAGGUCUACAAUUUUGUUUCUGGUGUCCUUUGACAGCUCUUUGGUCUUGGCCAUAGUGGAGUUUGGAGUGUGACUGUUUGAGGUUGUGGACAGGUGUCUUUUAUACUGAUAACAAGUUCAAACAGGUGCCAUUAAUACAGGUAACGAGUGGAGGACAGAGGAGCCUCUUAAAGAAGAAGUUACAGGUCUGUGAGAGCCAGAAAUAUUGCUUGUUUGUAGGUGACCAAAUACUUAUUUUCCACCAUAAUUUGCAAAUAAAUUCAUUAAAAAUCCUACAAUGUGAUUUUCUGGAUUUUUUUCUUCUCAAUUUGUCUGUCAUAGUUGACGUUUACCUAUAAUGAAAAUUACAGGCCUCUCUCGUCUUUUUAAGUGGGAGAACUUGCACAAUUGGUGGCUGACUAAAUACUUUUUUCCCCCACUGUAUAUACUGUAUUCUAGUCAAGGCUCAUCCUAUUAAACUACUGCUGUGCACACCUUUAUUUAUUUAUUUUAUUUAACCAGGUAAGCCAGUUGAGAACAAGUUCUCAUUUACAACUGCGACCUGGCCAAGAUAAAGCAAAGCAGAGCGAUAAAACCAACAACAACACAGAGUUACAUAUGGAAUAAACAAAACAUACAGUCAAUAACACAAUAGAAAAUCUAUAUACAGUGUGUGCAAAUGUAGUAAAUUAUGGAGGUAAGGCAAUAAAUAGGCCAUAGUGCAAAAUAAUUACAAUUUAGUAUUAACACUGGAGUGAUAGAUGUGCAGAAGAUGAUGUGCAAAAAGAGAUACUUGGGGGCAAAUUAGCAAAAUAAAUAACAAUAUGGGGAUGAGGUAGUUGGGUGGGCUAAUUACAGAUGGGCUGUGUACAGGUGCAGUGAUCGGUAAGCUGCUCUGACAACUGAUGCUUAAAGUUAAUGAGGGAGAUUAGAGUCUCCAGCUUCAGAGAUUUUUGCAGUUCGUUCCAGUCAUUAGCAGCAGAGAACUGGAAGGAAUGGCGGCCAAAGGAGGUGUUGGCUUUGGGGAUGACCAGUGAGAUAUACCUUCUCUAUUAAUAUACUGUCUAUACACACCAUUAUAUAAAGCGUUUAUAUACACACUGAAGAAAAAUAUAAAUUAAACAUGCAACAAUUUCAAAGAUUUUACUGAGUUACAGUUCAUAUAAGGAAAUCAGUCAAUUUAAAUAAAUUAAUGAGUCCCUGCCAUCUGCCUGGUACAGUUGAAACUGGGAUUCAUCUGUGAAGAGCACACUUCUCCAGCAUGCCAGUAGCCAUCGAAGGUGAGCAUUUGCCCACUGAAAUUGGUUAUGACGCCAAACUGGUGAGGAUGACGAGCACGCAGAUGAGCUUCCCUGAGACGGAUGUGGAGGUCCUAGGCUGGCGUGGUUACACGUGGUCUGUGGUUGUGAGGCCGGGUGAACGUCUGGCCAAAUUCUCUAAAACAACGUUGGCGCGGCUUAUGGUAGAGACAUGAACAUUCAAUUCUCUGGCAACAGCUCUAGUGGACAUUCCUGCGGUCAGCAUGCCAAUUGUGCACUCCCUAAAAACUUGAGACAUCUGUGGCAUUGUGUUGUGUGACAAAACUGCACAUUUUAGAGUGGCCUUUUAUUGUCCCCAGCACAAGAUGCACAUGUGUAAUGAUCAUGCUGUUUAAUCAACUUCUUUAUAUAUAACACACCUGUCCGGUGGAUGGAGUAUAUUGGCAAAGCAGAAAUGCUCACUAACAGGGAUGUAAACAAAUUUGUACACAACAUUUUAGAGAAAUAAGCUUUUGUGUGUAUGGGACAUUUCUGGGAUCUUAUAUUUCAGCUCAUGAAACAUUGGACCAACAUUUUACAUGUUGCAUUAAUAUUUUUGUUCAGGAUAUAUAUAUAUAUAUAUAUAUAUAUAUAUAUAUAUAUAUAUAUAUAUAUAUAUAUAUAUAUAUAUAUAUAUAAAUAGUGCCUUCAGAAAGUAUUCAAAUCCCUUUACUUUUUUUAAAUUUUGUUGUGUUACAGCCUUAAUUUAAAAGGGUUUAAAUUGAGUCAAUAAGAAUUCAACACCUUUGUUAUGGCAAGCCUAAAUAAGUUUAGGAGUAACAAUGUGCUUAACAAUUCUCAUAUUAAGUUGCAUGGACUCACUCUGUGUGCAAUAAUAGUGUUUAACAUGAUUUUUUCAUGACUACUCCAUCUCUGUACCCCACACAUACAAUUAUCUGUAAGGUCCCUCAGUCGAGCAGUGAAUUUCAAACACAGAUUCAACCAUAAAGACCAGGGAGGUUUUCCAAUGACUCGCAAAGAAGGGCACCUAUUGGUAGAUGGGUAAAAAGAAAAAAAGCAGACAUUGAAUAUCCCUUUGAGCAUGGUGAAGUUAUUCAUUACACUUUGGAUGGUAUAUCAAUACACCCAGUCACUACAAAGAUACAAGCGUCUUUCCUUACUCAGUUGCCAGAGAGUAAGGAAACCACUCAGGGAUUUCACCAUGAGGCCAAUGGUGACUUUAAAACAGUUACAGAGUUUAUAGGAGAAAACUGAGGAUGGAUCAACAACGUUGUAGUUACUCCAAAAUACUAACCUAAAUGACAGAGUGAAAAGAAGGAAGCAUGUACAGAAUACAAAUAUUCCAAAACGUGCAUCCUGUUUGCAAUAAGGCACUAAAGUAAAACUGCAAAAAAAUUGGUAAAGAAAUUCAUUUUAUGUCCUGAAUAGAAAGCGUUAUGUUUGAGGCAAAUACAAUACAAUACCUCACUGAGUACCACUCUUCAUAUUUUCAAACAUGGUGGUGGCAUCAUGUUAUGGGUAUGCUUGUCAUCGGCAAGGACUAUGUUUUUUUUUAGGACAAAAAUAAACGGAAUAGAGCUAAGCACAGGCAAAAUCCUACAGGAAAACCUGGUUCAGUCUGCUUUCCAAUAGACACUGGGAGACAAAUAUUCACCUUUCAGCAGGACAAUAACCUAAAACAAAAUGCAAGAUAUACACUGGAGUUGCUUACCAAGACGACAUUGAAUGUUCCUGAGUGGUCUAGUUACAGUUUUGACAUAAAUUGUCUUGAAAAUCUAUGGCAAGACUUUAAAAUGGCUGUCUAUCAAUGAUCAACAACCAAUUUGACAGAGUUUGAAGAAUAAAAAAUAAUAAAAUGAGCAAAUAUUGUACAAUCCAGGUGUCCAAAGCUCUUAGACUUACCCAGGAAGACUCACAGCUGUAAUCUCUGCAAAAGGUGGUUCUAACAUGUAUUAGAUAUUUCUGUAUUUCAUUUUCAAUAAAUUGGCAAACAUUUCUAAAAACAUGUUUUCACUUUGUCAUUAUGGGGUAUUGUGAGUAGAUGGAUGAGAAUUUUUUUUAUUUAAUACAUGUUGAAUUCAGGCUGUAACACAACAAAAUGUGGAAUAAGUCAAGGGGUAUGAAUACUUUCUGAAGGCACUAAUAUACUCUGACAGUGCUCGUUCGGAUAUUUCUUACUAAACAUUUUUGGGAUUUCUGUGUAUUGUUUUUGUAUUGUUAGGUAUUACUGCACUGUUGGAGCUAGAAACAUAAGCAUUUCGCUACACCUGCGAUAACAUCUGCAAAAUAUAUGCACGUGACUAAUACAAUUUGAUUUGAUUGAGAUGUCUGUGGCUUAGUUGGUUCCAGAAACCUUACUCUCUCCUCCCUUCCCCUCCCACUCACUCUCUCUACCUCCCUUCUUUCUCUCUCUCACCCCCAUCUCCCUCUCCACCCCCCCUCCCUCCUCCAGUCUAUGCGUAAGCUGAUGGAGACAGAGAAGGUGAAAGGCUUCUGCCAGGUCACCAUCUCGUCCAACAUGCGUGACGCCACCUCCCACCUGCUCCAGGCUAGUGGGCUGGGCGGCCUCAUGCACAACACGGUGCUGGUCAGCUGGCCGCGCAACUGGAAGCAGGCCGAUGACGUCCAGACCUGGAGGGAUUUCAUUGGUGGGUCACAGAGGGGGUCAACAAUGAAUGGUCAAUUGAAAUGGGGGGUACAGGAAGUUAGAGUGAUAGGAAAAACAAAAGUGAGCGUUAUUGAUCUAGGUUAUUACUGUAUAAUUACCAUUUUACCUUUCUAAGUAAAUUCGGAGUAAUUUUGGUACCGUAAAAUGAAGAAUCAGAUCUGUCUGUUUGAUUGAAAAAAUCAGGAUCUUUGGGGGAGGUUGUUGACAUAUCAUCAGAAAUAAUGCUUAUUUUUUAAAUUUCUGUCCACAAUAUCAAUAUGAUCACUAUAAUCCAUAUACCACCUAUAUAGGAUGAAGUAGAUUUUCCAUAAAGGUUCUUGAGUGAUGAUCAGACUCAAAUGAGAUGAACCCCUCCCCCCUCCCCCCUGUCCUGUAGAGCUGGUUCGGGAGACCACGGCCGCCCACCUGGCCCUGCUAGUGCCCAAGAACAUCGCUGCCUUCCCGUCCAAUGGAGAGCGCUUCUCCGAGGGCCACAUUGAUGUGUGGUGGAUCGUCCACGAUGGAGGCAUGCUGAUGCUGCUGCCUUUCCUCCUGCGCCAGCACAAGGUAGGCUGCCCACCACACGCCCUCCCUGAGACAUGGGUCGCAUUGCUUUGAGCAUGUUUUAUCUUCCUAAUAUUGAGUUGAACCACCCCACCCCCUUUUGCCCUCAGAACAGCCUCAAUGUGUCGGGUCAUGGACUCUACAAGGUGUCGAAAGCGUUCCACAGGGAUGCUGGUUCAUGUUGACUCCAAUGCUUCCCACAGUUGUGUCAAGUUGGCUGGAUGUCCUUUAGGGUGGUGGACCAUUCUUGAUACACACAGGAAACUGUUGAGUGUGAAAAACCCUGCAGCGUUGAAGUUCUUGACACAAACCGGUGCACCUGGCACCUACUACCAUACCCCAUUCAAAGGCACUUAAAUAUUUUGUCUUGCCCAUUCAAUCUCUGAAUGGCACAAAUACACAAUGUCUCAAUUGUCUCAAGGCUUAAAAAUCCUUCUUUAACCUGUCUCCUCCCCUUCAUCUACACUAAUUAAAGUGGAUUUAACAAAUGACAUCAAUAAGGGAUCGUAGCGUUCACCUGGAUUCACCUGGUCACUGGUCAGUCUAUUUCAUGGAAAGAGCAAGUGUUCUUAAUGUUUUCUAUACUCAGUGUAUAACUAGUCAUGCACUCCGUUAUAUAGUAAAGUGCAAUGUACAGAUAAAAAACUAUGGUGCAGAGCAUUCGUCAGCGCAUUAACUAAUCAAUAUGCAUCAGAGGAGACUGGUGGGAGGAGCUAUAGGAGGACAGGCUCACUGUAAUGGCUGGAAUGGAAUAAAUGCAACGGUAUCAAACAUAUGGAAACCACGUUUGACUCUGUUCAAAUUAUCCAAUUCCAUUCAUUACAAUGAGCCUGUUAUCCUAUAGCUCCUCCCACCAGCCUCCACUGAUACGCAUGCUAUGGCAGUUUCUAUAGUGUACCUAAUCAUGAAGGUUCUAACCAGAUUACCGUAAAACAGGUUAUAGAUGAGCAGAUUACAAUGCUCUUUCCUGCCGACAGGUGUGGAGGAAGUGCAGGAUGCGCAUCUUCACCGUGGCCCAGAUGGACGACAACAGCAUCCAGAUGAAGAAAGACCUGACCACCUUCCUGUAUCACCUGCGUAUCGAUGCCGAAGUUGAAGUGGUGGAAAUGGUAAGGCUCCAUAUCUGUCUAUAGCUGCUUCAGGUGGGAUGAAGUCCAGUGUGUAAUAACAGAUAUACAGUAUGUACCUAAAGGGGUUGCUGCACGGACCUACAGGUGAAGCUUGCUUAGACAAGCCAUUGAACAUAUAGUUGGUACACUGAGUUGGUUUAAUCCAUAAUACUGUUUCUCAUAGUUACAAAUCUGUUUAAAUAUACAGUACAAAUAUAUUUUUUUAUUUACAUUUUAGUCAUUUAGCAGAUGUUCUUAUCCAGAGGCGAUUUACAAUUAGUGCAUUCAUGCUAUCCUUAUGCAUGAAGCUGUUGUUAAAAAAAGUGCAUCUUCCAUGUAAUUUCCAUGCAGUGCUGCUGUCCAACCCAUAGACUGACUAAACCUCUAUAAAAAAACAAGUUGUCCAUACUACCUAACCUCUUUGGUAUCUGUCCAUCCUCGAUGUUGCACUAACCCAGGCCUCUCCUCUCUCAGCACGACAGUGACAUCUCAGCCUACACCUAUGAGAAGACCCUGGUGAUGGAACAGCGAUCGCAGAUCCUCAAGCAGAUCAACCUGACCAAGACCGAGCGAGAGAGAGAGGUUCCGCUUUAGAAAUAUAAUUACUAGAACGGCAAAAGGCCAUAAUUCUAGUUCUAUGGUUUUACAUUUACCACACCGCUACUCCAUCUUACUCCACAACACAAUGCCAUGUCUGAAUUAGAAUCCCAGACCCAACAGCAGUGACUAAGGUCUGGGAUAAAAAAAUAAAAAAAAUCCUAACAUAUCACGAGGCAGACAUGCCAGAACGUCGCAAUUCAAAACCAAAGUUUUCAGGCAAAACCUGCAGUGGUUUUAGUGAAGGUAGUUGAAGAAAACUAGCCAUUAAAGAUAACCUCUGAUCUCCAUCUUGCUAGCUGCUAGUUUGUGUCCUGGAGAUGUGGGCAACAAACGGACAAGGCAGUGACGUAGGCAGUGACGUAGUUCCACUAACUAACUAUGACUUUAAUUACAACUAAGACAUAAGAACGAAAGGGAACACAUCAAACAGUAUUGCUUCACCCGAAAGUGAUUGAAUUGUCUACAUUGACAGACAGUGUUUUGAAAACGUCAACGUUCAUAACCUUGUUUUGUCUCCAUGCAGACGAUACAAAACAACGUAUCAAUCAUAUUGUGAUGAUAUUAGCACUCCUAUGCCUGAUUCACACAGUAGGGCCGACCCAAACCCAACUCUCAUUGUCCUCUCCAGCAUGGUUCCAGCAACUACGAUGGAUGCGUAACCAGGCCAGCUCAGUACAGCUUGGCUCAGUUUGGCUCAGUAUUGUGAAAAGGAUACUAGCUGCUUCAUUCAGCCCUUUGUCUUCCUUUCGCAGAUCCAGAGCAUCACAGACUCAUCCCGCGGAUCCAUCCGGCGUAAGAACCCGGCGGUGGUGACCACCCAACUGAGUGUGACCGAAGAACAGCCCGGGGCGAGCAGCAAGGUGGAGAAACCCGAGGAAGAGGUUGGUACUGAUACUGUCCGGUCAACCGAGCCACAUUCACUCUAACCAGCGUAUACUGUAUAAUUAAGAAUUCCUGCUACGAGGCCAGUGCCUGCGCCAGCAAAGACUUGGAGAGCAGAGCAGUCAGUUGACUUGUGAGUGGUUGUUAUGUGAGGUGUUGAAAUAUUAGGUCGUCAGUGGUUUUGACCGUGGUGUAGUUGUUUUUCAGACUUCCUUAAUUUUUUAUGCUAUGAGGAAAAAUGCAGUCAGGCAUGGUCUAGGAAUGGCUAAGGGGCUGGGGUUGUGAACCGCUGGUGUUGACAUUGAGGUCAGCGACCCUGAAGUAGUGGAUUUUUAAACUUCCAACUCACUCUACCAGUGUUUUUUAAAUGUUUUUUAAUUAAAUUUUUUGCUGUGAGGCAUUCAGGGAAUGGUUAAAGGUCUGGGGUUGUGAACUGAUGGUGUUGACCUGGGAGGUCAACCACUUGCAAGAAAGUACCAGACUUAUUGUGAAGUGACUGGAUAAGUCUGAGGAACAAUUUAUUUUGCACAGGCAAGACUCACACAGGCUCUCGACUAGUCACAGUGUUUCAUGGGAUACCAGGAAAUGCAUCGUAGGCCUGUGUUGUUCGUAUGUGUAACAUUAGGGAAAAAGACAGAAAAAGUAUUGUCUGCCUGUGAGUUUCUGGCCUUCCAUUAAAAGUCAUAGUAAGGUGAGUAGGCUACAGAUGUGUUGGUUCAAACAUUCCUUUCCAGACAUACUUUUUAAUCAGCCCAACUGUAUGACUGACCUCCAAAUGCAAGGCCUUCUUGAUAAUGGCUCUCUCUCUCUCCCUCCUCUGACCCUCACACUCACUCUGUGGUUCCAACUCGCCUCAUCUCACCUCGUCUCUCCCCCCCUGUCUCGUGGUCUCAGUCUGCCUCUGUCGCUGUGUCCCCUCCCACUCAGGUCCAGCUCAUCCACGACAGCACCACCCCGACCAGUCCCGCCACCCCCCUGUCUCCAGCCACCGAGGGGGGGGCCCAGACCCCAGGGUCUGCACAGGUCCAGAUGACCUGGACAGAAAAGGCUGACGGCGAGCCGGCCAAGCCUCCUGGCACCUCCACGCCGGAGGGCAUCAAAGACAUCUUCAACAUGAAGCCGUGAGUGUGGUUUGGCAAAACUGGUAUACUCCCAUGUUGGAACUGAAAGUUCCUGAAGAGUAACAUUCUGAUUGGCAUUCUUCUCAUCUUGGGACAUUUGGUGUCAAAAUGGCAGCAGUUUAAAUUCAACAUCUUAAAGUGAUAGUUCACUCAAAACAACUUUUAGUGUGCAUGUCAACAGUCAAGUUUUCACGAUAGAGCACUGUCAGUACAGAAAAGCUGUGCGUUUUGGAUUCUCUCCUUUAAUCUUGUGUUUCUCUCCUUGCCAUGCUGCAGGGAGUGGGAAAACCUGUAAGUAUUUCCGUAGCGCAAACUUUACAUAAAACUGUGGUCUGGUACAUAUACCUAUACAUUUCCUCUAGAAUUUCAUGGAUCAACUCAGCAUAGCACAAGUUGAUUAUGUCUUGAGUGUUCUGAAUGAAAAGGUGAAUGCAUAAGUGAUAGAAUGAAUGAGUGAAAGAGUGACCAUUUGUUUUAGCUGUUUGUGAAUUAGUAGCCUGAAGAGGUUGCUGUUCCACAGUUUGUUUUGCUGAACGCCUAAAAAUAAUACUGCAUUAUGAACAAAUCAACCUUUGGUUUGGAGCUUAGUAGAGACCAUCUUGUUUUUUUCCCACCAGAAACCAGUCCAAUGUGAGGCGCAUGCACACGGCACUGAGGCUGAAUGGUGUCAUCGUGAAGAAAUCCUCAGAGGCCAAGCUGGUGCUCCUCAACAUGCCCGGGCCGCCCAAAAACCGUUCUGGCGACGAGAACUGUAUCCUUCUUUCUCCAUCUCUCUCUCUCUCUCUCUCUCUCUCUCUCUCUCUCUCUCUCUCUCUCUCUCUCUGUCUCUCUUUCCAGCAGUGGUCGUCUUAGAACAGACAAAAAUGUAUUAUCACAGGCAUACAAGCUGUUUGUUCUCAUGUUAGGGUUUAGGUAAGGGGUUUGGGUGAAUGGACAAAAUCGUAUUUGUUGUUAGUGUCUGAAGUUGGACUUGACGUCCAAUUUUACACUGUAUGGGGUAAUAACUAAACGUUGCUUUCACACCAAAUGACCAUCACUUUAAUGAAGUUAACACUCCCAUGGUAUGUUUACAGAAUAGAGAACGUGUUACGUCAGUGGUUCCCAACCUUUUUCGGUUACUGUACCACCAACUGAAUUUUGCUCUGCCCGGAGUACCCCUGAAGUACCCCUCGUGCAUUUUACCAGUAGGCCUAUGGUUUCAUGAGUCUUCUCAAGUGCCCCCUGUGGAUAGGCCAAGUACCCCUAGGGGUCCUAGUACCCCUGGUUGGGAACCACUGCGUUGCAUCAUUUUCACACAGCCGAUGUGCCCACAGAAGCUGUGUCACAUGCCAUUACAAGUAAGUAUCUGUCUACUAGUAAAAGAUAGUAUGGUGCUAGAGGUGCACCUGUUAGUUGUUUUCCUUAACAACUCUCUCUCAGACAUGGAGUUCCUGGAGGUCCUGACGGAGGGUCUCAACAGGGUCCUCCUGGUUCGCGGUGGCGGUCGUGAGGUCAUCACAAUCUACUCUUGA